UAUGUUCCAGUAUCCCCCGCUGGAUGCCUGAAACCACCAGUAGUACCAACCACUGUAUAUUCUCUUGUUUCCAACUUGUACAUACAGAUAAAUGAUUGAGUAAAAAAGGGUUACUUGAGAACAAGCACUUUGAAACCAUGACACUCAACCUGCUGACCUAGGUGACUAACAUAUGGGGGACAUCUGUGGUAUGGAUAUACAAUAGGAAAUGGUGAUUUUUCCUUAUUAAUUGGUAUUAGCACAGGUAGUUCCUUACCUGAAGGAAAAUAAAAUUAUAUCCUUAUGUAAGAGGAUUCAAAGUUUUAGUGUAAAAAUUGAGCAUCUAGAAACAUAGAAAUCCAGAGAAGGGUUGCUAUCUGUGUGCAAAAUUUUCUUGCAGAUCAAAAAAUUAAAUAACUAACUGGGAACCUGAGCAAACAAUAUGGAUAGACAGUUCACAGAAAAGAGAGAUCCAAAGUUUAACAGAAUGAAAAGAUGCCCACACACUACUAGUAGUAAAAGACAUGCAAAUUUAAAGAGUGAGGUAUUUUAUACCCAAAGACAGCAAAGGUUGUAAAUGCCGUUAUCAUUUCAUAAUAGUAGGAUUGUAAAGGGAAAGAGAACUUCCUAACUCUCUAAAAGAAAUGUGAUUCUUAACAUCUUUUUUCAGAAAAGAAUCUGGCAGCACUUAGCUAAAAUUCAAACCAGUAAUUCCAUACUUGGGAAUCUGGCCUAUGAAAACAGCACGUAAGGGUAUACCACUCUGUAAGGCCAUGGACUUUAAGGCUACUUGCUGAAGCCUCCUCCUAACCUGGGAACCAACUGAGUGCCUGUCAGCAGGAGAUGGUCGUAAAUGGACUCAGAAAUCGAGGAAGAAAUUCCUGUGCAUGAGGAAUUCAUUUCAUGUGGUGGAGGCGAGACACAAGUCCUGAAGUGUGGGCCCUGGACAGACUUAAAUGAUCCAAGUAUCGACAAGCCUAAGCUGCUUAUUUUCAUUAUUCCUGGUAACCCGGGUAUUUCAUCCUUUUAUGUGCCAUUUGCAAAAGAUUUGUACGCUUUAACAAACAAACGCUUCCCAGUUUGGAUCAUUAGUCACGCUGGACAUGUCUUGGCCCCCAAAGACAAGGAGAUUAUGACAUCAGAGGAUCCAAAUGCUCAAGAAAUUAAGGACAUCUAUGGACUCAGUGGCCAAAUAGAACACAAACUAGCCUUCCUCAGAACCCAUGUACCAAAGGAAAUGAAGCUGGUGCUUAUUGGCCACUCCAUAGGCAGCUACAUUUGCCUUCAGAUCUUGAAGCGUGCGCCUGAGCUCCCAGUAAUCCGUGCCUUUCUGCUUUUUCCAACAAUUGAGCGAAUGUCUGAGUCACCCAAUGGCAGGAUCGCCACUCCACUUUUGUGCUGGUUUCGAUAUGCUCUCUAUGUUAUUAGCUACUUAUUACUUAAACCAUGUCCUGAGACAAUCAAGUCCAUGGUAUGCAGAAUGAGCCUUCAAGCAAUGAACGUGAAAAAUGAAUUUGUACAGAUGAAUAUGUUAGAACCAUUCUGCAUUGCUAAUGCUGUGUACCUUGGAGGCCAAGAAAUGAUGGAGGUUGUGAAGAGAGACGAUGAAAUCAUUAAGGAAAAUUUGCCUAAGCUUACAUUUUACUAUGGUACUACAGAUCGCUGGUGUCCAAAAGAGUACUACGACGACAUCAAGAAAGAUUUUCCAGAAGGAGAUAUUCGACUCUGCGAGAAAAACAUUCCCCAUGCUUUUAUCAUCAGCUUUAGCAAGGAAAUGGCCACCAUGGUGGCCAACUGGCUUGGGGAUGAUCUAUCCAAAUUGUGAUGCGUGCAAUACUGACGAUAAGCACCUCCAGCCAGUGCUGAAGCACAGGGUAUGUGCUAUGUCCUAUACAUACUUAAUCAGCAACUGUCAGAUUUUGAUAUAUAUAAUGUUAGAAAAAAAAAAAUAGAUUGAGAACCUCCUGGCUUCCAGACUGCUGGUUCGCAGUUCCAUGCGCUUCAGGCUGAAGUGAGGACUGUUGAUGACGGUUCCAUGGGGUUAACACCAUUUCCAAGAUCCAGGGAACACAGUGACCUCAACAAGGUUUCGUAUUUAUGCAAGAUGCCCGUGACAGCCUGAGGUAUAUGUUGGUAGGCAGAAUCUUCACAGUCAAAAGAAAAAUCUAGACGUAGUCAUUUAGAUUGAGUUACAUAGCAGAAUAGACUCUCCUAGAGAAAAUUGUGAAAUACCCAGAGAAACUGUGAGCUAAUUCGGUGAAUGUGAAGUAGAGCUAGGUAUAUGAAGGGUAGGAAAUCACGAUGAAGAGGCAUGUAUGUCCCAAGAGCAGGAAACAGCAGGCGGCAGAUAUUGCAGUGACCCCGGUCUCCACUAAGCACGAAAGAUGAUCAGCUCAGACCAGCUGCACAGCUCGGCAGAGCUCACUGCAGUGUGACUGCCUGAUCCACCCACAUUAGGCAUAGAAUAAAGUUUGCCAGACAUCAUUUUGCUCAACUGCCUAGAAUAUAAAGAGUUUCCAAAGGAUCCCAACUGUGUUUCCUAUCAUGGAACGGACUGCAGGCUCUGUGCUGAGCUUCAGCCUGGCAGGCUGUAAGCUCCCUGCAGGCUUCUGUUCUUGCACUGGCUGCUCCUGACUCAGGCCGUGCAUGCCACCAUGCAGUUUUCUGCUCAUGAUUUCUUACAGUAAAACUCUGUCAAGACCAGCAGUGAGCCAAGUGUGUGCUGGCCAAGGAGGAUAGCAUUCUUACCAACUCUGUGAUCCUUUUCUUCCAAAAAGUAAAUAAUUUUUGAAAGGGUAUUUUACAUUGAUUGCUGAGUAGUGAAACAUUACCUUAGAUUAAUUCUCUGUCUCUGCAUGAACCAUAUCUGUUAGGAAGAAGUCAUUUUGCUAACAAAGCAAAGCAGGCUGUUCUGUUUGGUUAUGUGAAUUCACUUCAGUCCACCCUGAGGUCUAGAGAGACACAGUAUGUUGUCUGGGUGGGCUGACAGUACAGUUACCUUCCCCACAGUGACUGAAUCCCAAGACCUCAGGAAUUGGUGAAUUCCACUAACCAUGGGAAGAGCUGAUGCUUGAUCAGAAACAUUCCAUGUUCUCUGAGAAGUGGUCCCUCAUGGACUUAGCAUCCUAAGAGCCAUGAGAUGUUGGCCUUCUUCUCAAAACCUAAAGCUGCUAACGAAAGAUUCCAUCCUCAUAUGCCAGCAACUCCUCAGUGUUGAAUGAGUUGUUGCCCUUUGCCAUGGCUUCCGCAUCAGAACAGAGUCUUCCCUGAGGAGAAAAGCAGUGCUCUAGACAAGGAGUGCUAUUAGCCUGGGAGCAAGAGCCAGCAGAGAGACAGGCCCCAGGCGCUGGUCAGCAUGCAAAGUCCUUCCUAACAUCUGUGUGAGGAGACGUUCUGGAAAUGCAAUGUUAGAAGCCAGGAGAUUCUCGGCCCAGGGCGCCUUGCACACAGGAGCUGCUCAGCAGCACUCCAUCGGAGCCUACAGGCAAGUCCUGAGAGUAACACGCCCACCUUUCCUCUUAGACGUUGUAUGAGUCAGCUUUCUUAUUGCCUUAACCAAAAAACCUGAGAGCAGCUAACUUAAAAAGGUUUGUUCUCACUUGUGGUAGCCUUAUUGGUCUGGUAUCUGAUGUGGACACUAGAGGUGGAACGGGUCCAGAGGGAAGAUCACCUGCGGUGAGGCAGGAAACAGAGAGGCCCCACUCAACCUUACAGCCAACCCUCGUAUCUGUCCCUUCCAAGGGCACACCUCAGUGACCUAAAUUAGAA